GAACUCAUUCAUACAUAAUCAUCUUCGCCCUUGACUUCUCUAAAUCUCAGCCACUUUCGCAAUGGGAAGACAAUUUAUUGUCUUCCUAUUUACACUGGUUUUCGCCGGAUUUUUUGGCGGUCUUCUUUCCUACGAAAGGCCACCGCCGCGAAAGACUCGUUCCAUUUUUCAGUCGCCGGAUCCUUCUUCCCAACAGGUGCAUAUAUCUUUAGUCGGGGAGAACAAGAUGAGAAUAUCAUGGAUUACGAAAGAUGACAAGGAUGUAGCAAAUGCAUCAGUGGUACACUACGGUACAACCUCCGGCAAAUAUAACGUCACUGCAACUGGGAAUUACACUUCUUACAAGUAUAUGUUCUAUAAUUCCGGCCAAAUCCACGACGUCGUCAUCGGCCCCCUGCAGCCCAGCACGGUCUACUACUACCGCUGCGGAUCCCUACCCAACACCGCCGGCGAAUUCAGCUUCCGAACCCCGCCGGCGCAGCUUCCCAUCAAAUUUGCCAUCGCAGGUGAUCUAGGGCAAACGGACUGGACCAACUCCACCCUACAACAUAUUGCAGCAUCCAACUACGAUAUUCUACUACUUCCAGGCGAUCUCUCGUACGCCGACACCUUCCAGUGGCUUUGGGACUCGUUCGGGCAGCUGGUCCAGCCGCUGGCGAGUCGACGACCGUGGAUGGUGACCCAAGGCAACCACGAGGUGGAGAGGAUCCCCGUCCUUCAUUCCGAACGCUUCACCUCCUUCAACUCCCGGUGGCGCAUGCCCUUCCUGGAGAGCAGCUCCACCUCCAACCUCUACUACUCCUUCAACGUCGCCACCGUCCAUGUCAUCAUGCUAGGCUCGUACACCGACUUCGACCCCGGGUCAGACCAGUUUGAAUGGCUCAAAGCCGACCUCAGGAAGGUGGACAGGAAGAAGACGCCAUGGCUCAUCGUGCUCCUCCAUGCCCCCUGGUACAAUUCUAAUAGUGCCCAUCAAGGAGAGUAUGAAUGUGUGGGUAUGAAAAAUGCCAUGGAAAAGCUUCUUUAUCAAGCUCGAGUUGACGUCAUUUUUGCUGGCCAUGUCCAUGCCUACGAACGUUUUAAAAGAGUUUACAAUGAUCGAGAAGACAAUUGUGGUUCGGUGCAUAUCACAAUAGGGGAUGGUGGUAACCGCGAAGGUCUUGCUACAGAAUACAUACAACCUAAACCAAAAAUAUCAGUAUUCAGGGAGGCAAGCUUUGGGCAUGGGCAGUUGCAGGUGGUAAAUGAGACACAUGCAUUGUGGGAGUGGCACAGAAAUGAAGAUGACGAUGUUGUAGGGGACAAGAUUUGGCUCACAAGCCUUGCAUCUAAUCCUACUUGUAAAGCGUCCACUAUUGCAGCUUAAAAUGCAAGUAUUGUGAGUCAAAUUUCAAAUAGUAUUAGUGAUUUCUUCUUAAUUGGUGAAGGAACAAAUUAAUAAGUUAGCUUAAGUUAGUUGAUUGGAUAUCAGUUAGUAUACGGCAUUUGGUUCGUGAUCUUCAUGAUCCAGGAAUAUGAUGCUCAUAGAAUCAUUCUCAUGUUAAUUUGUUUUGGACCAAAAGUAAAGAAUGGAAAUUAUAUUCAAAGAUGGACAACAUGUAGAGAAUUAUCGAUGCUUUUUUUAAAAUAAAAAAAAAAUUCUCGACUC